AUGGCACCCGACGACAAGAUCUCGCUAGAAUUCAUCACCACCGGCAACGUCUGGAUGCACACCCAAAUGCAAGGCCAGCCCAUCACGAACCGCAACAUCGCCCUCCGUCUCCUCCGCUCCUUCACCGGCGACUGGAUCGGUCCCAUGCCCCUCGGAGCCUUCUUGAUCCGCCACCCCAAGGGACCCAUCCUCUUCGACACGGGCGUGUCGACGCACUGCACCGAGCCGGGCUACUUCCCCUGCUGGAACCCGGUGCCGGGCUACCUCAACAAGCUGCAGGUCACAAAGGAGGACGGCAUCGUCGAGCAGCUCCGCAAACGCGGCAUCGAGCCAACGGACCUCCAGUUCAUCAUCAUCAGCCACCUCCACCACGACCACGCGGGCGGGCUGGAGGUGCUCGCCGUCGAGGCGCCCGACGUGCCCAUCUACGUCGGCGCGGCACACUGGGACGCCUUUGGGAAGCACCCCGUCUACGCCGCCAUGCAAGGGUGCACGCCGGACCGGUGGCCCAAGAAUUUCGAGCCGCGGAUCCUCGAUUUCGAGGAGAAGCGCGCUGUGGGGCCGUGGGGCCGGUCGUGCGAGCUCGCGGCGGGGGGCGCGAUUGUCGCGGUCGAUACGCCGGGCCACGUGCCGGGACACAUUUCGCUGAUUGUGCUGGGCGAGAAAGAGGACGGGACGACGACGAGGUAUCUGCUGACGGGGGAUGCGACGUACGCGAUCAGCGUGCUGGAGAAGGAGGAACCGGAUGGUGCAAACAGUGAUCCCGUGGCGGCUUUUGAGAGUUUGAAGAAGAUCAAGGAGUAUGCUAGGCACAAUGACGUCGUUGUGCUGCCGAGUCACGAUCCGGAUACGCCGAGGUUACUUAGGGACAAGGUGGUGUAUCGGCCGGGGAAGUAG